AUAAAAAAAUCCAUCACUAUUCCCUUACUUUCAAUCGAAGGAAAAAAAAAAUCAUCUUCACCACCAUAACCCUUCCUCAGGACACAACUCUGCUCCUCCUCCUCCGCAAUUCUCUAUGUCUCAAACUGACUUCCCCGCCAAGCGCCAAAAUCGAACUCAACUCAUAUCCGAUAAGCCGCCGCCUUUGCUUCCCGGUCUUCCCGAUCACAUCGCUCAGCUCUGCCUCUCCAGAGUCCACCCUUCUAUUCUCUUCAGCGUCUCCCGUUCUUGGAGACGUUUGAUUUACUCCCCUUCUUUUGCUCCUUUUCUUUCUUUGUACACUCUUUUUUCAUCCAAAUCUGAUAAAAUUCUUCAUUUUUAUUCUUUCGAUCCCAUUUCUUCAACGUGGGAGGCUCUUCCUCCUUCGCCCUCAGAUCCUCCGAUCCACCUCAUCCUACAUCACCCUUCUUUUCUAUCCCGGAAGCUCCCGAUUCAGUCCGUUUCCGUUUCCGGGAAACUUGUACUUCUGGCUGCAACUACUCAUAAUUUUUACCCCGCCCUCAAGCGUCCUCUCUUGUUCAAUCCCAUUCACCGGAACUGGGUUUUUGGGCCCCCGCUCCUCACCCCCCGCCGGUGGUGUGUCGCCGGCUCGCUCCGCAACGUUGUGUACGUGGCGAGCGGUAUCGGAUCUCAUUUCUCGACGGACGUGGCAAGGUCGGUUGAGAAGUGGGACCUGCACAAAACCAAGAAUAAUAAUAAUUAUUAUCACAAUGGUGGCGGGGGGAGGUGGGAGAAGAUGAAAGGGCUUAAAGAUGGGAGAUUUUGCAGAGAAGCCGUGGAUGCGGUCGGGUGGAGAGGGAAGCUAUGCAUGGUUAAUGUGAAAGGGUAUGGCGCCAAGGAAGGAGUUGUUUACGACGUUGAUAGCGACACGUGGCGAGAGAUGCCGGAUGGGAUGAUUAAAGGGUGGAGGGGCCCGGUGGCGGCCGUGGAUGAGGAGGUGAUGUUCAUGGUGGAUGAGACUAACGGUGCAUUGAGAAAGUACGAUGAAGAAAAGGAUGAUUGGGUUCAGAUAAUUCAGUCAAAUAUGCUCGUGGGAGCUCAGCAGAUUGCGGGUGGUGGUGGGAGAGUUUGUGUCAUUGGUGGUGAUGAAGGUGGAAUCGUGGUAGUGGAUGUCGUGGCGGAGCCACCGCGGCUGUGGGUGGUGGAAACACCGAAUGGGUACCAAGCUUUAACGGUUCAUAUCCUCCCACGGAUGAGCCAGCCGGCUACAACCAAUUCUUGAUUCAUUUGAUUUUAUACAAAUUUAGCAAUUUGAAAAACAAUUUUUGUUCAUGUUAACAG